ACACAUGAUUAUGUAACAACUCACCAAAUUUCUUAUUCCCAUCGAGGACAUGCUAAAAUAUGGAGUUUCCUCUGGGAUGAGAAUAUACUUCUUCAAGUAAAAUCAUAUGUUCGGGAGCAUAAGUGGGAUAUUACUCCACAUAUAUUAAUGGUACAUAUGAACGAAGUCAUUUUACCAGGACUUGGAUUUGUACCAUUUCCGACUAUACAUAUCAAUACAGCAAGAAACUAUUUAAAAGAAUUAGGGUAUACAUACGCUAAGAACGAAUGA